CUGCCUUGACAACAACAGUCACUCACUGAGGGGAAAUGUACAUUUGGCUUGUCCUGCGAAGUUUUCCUGCAACAAAUGCACGGCUUUACUGAGAGAUGGAGACACCGACGUACACUUGUGUUGUGAAGUAAAAGGUGGACCAUUGAACGGUUGGUGUCCCACAUCUGAACAUCUACAUCUCAUCACUGUGAUUUAACUCAGGGACAGACAACACCGCAGACUUCCAGACCUCCUAUACCAACCACUAUGUCCUAGCCAACAGCGGCCCAGCCCCCUCCCCUGACCAUCCUGUCCCUCUCUCCAUCUUCCUCCCUCUCACAGUCCUUCAUCUUCUCUCCUGAUGUGGUGAUUUCUGGUCGUACCACCAGCGGCGCCCCCUUUGGCGUGAUGAGCAGCCUGCACCAGCAGCAUCAUGGCAGCACCGGCUCAGAGCGAGACCUUCACUCUGUUGCCUCCUCUGUCAGCCUCCCAUCAGUUAGAAAGACCCCCAAAAAGCGCCGCCUUUCCCUCCACUCGCUCUUCAGUCGGCGGCGGCGGCCUGACCGCGACCCCAAGCGCAAAUCCAGGACUCUGCAAGCUGGAGCUGGAGCAGGAGUGGACGGCAUCGUCAGCGCAGAAAGCGUCCAGUCAGAGACUGUCACCGAUAAAACCUCUACCCACUCUGUGCUGGCUUUAGCAUCGACUUCAUCAUUGUCCGGUUCUUUAUCAGAGCUGCUGGAGUGCCCUCUGUGCCUACUGCGCCAUGCACGCGACCGCUUCCCAGACAUCAUGACCUGUCACCACCGCUCAUGUGCGGACUGCCUGCGGCAGUACCUGCGCAUCGAGAUCUCAGAGUCUCGCGUCAACAUCUGCUGCCCCGAGUGCUCGGAGCGCUUCAAUCCCCACGACAUCCAGAUGAUCCUGGGGAACCGAAACCUCAUGGAGAAGUACGAGGAGUUCAUGUUGAGGAGGUGGCUGGUGGCGGAACCCGACUGCCGCUGGUGCCCGGCCCCCGACUGUGGUUAUGCAGUCAUUGCGUUUGGCUGUGCCAGCUGCCCAAAGAUCACCUGCGGGCGUGAGGGCUGUGGGACGGAGUUCUGCUACCACUGCAAACAGCUGUGGCAUCCCAACCAGACAUGUGACACCGCACGGCAACAAAGGGCCCAAAGCCUCCGGUUGAGAACUUUCAGGUCCUCCUCCCUCAGCUACAGCCAAGAGAGCGGAGCCGCAGGCGAUGACAUCAAGCCGUGCCCUCGUUGUGCCGCCUACAUCAUCAAGAUGAAUGAUGGGAGCUGUAAUCACAUGACCUGCGCUGUCUGCGGCUGCGAGUUUUGCUGGCUGUGCAUGAAGGAGAUCUCUGAUCUGCACUAUUUAAGUCCGUCAGGCUGCACCUUCUGGGGGAAGAAGCCCUGGAGCAGAAAGAAGAAGAUCCUCUGGCAGCUCGGCACGCUGGUGGGCGCACCCGUGGGCAUCGCCCUCAUAGCCGGCAUCGCCAUCCCUGCGAUGAUCAUUGGCAUCCCAGUCUACGUGGGCAGAAAGAUCCAUAAUCGUUAUGAGGGCAAAGACAUCUCUAAACACAAGAGGAACUUGGUGAUAGCUGGAGGUGUGACGCUGUCUGUGAUCGUGUCGCCUGUGGUCGCAGCCGUCACUGUUGGCAUCGGCGUCCCCAUCAUGCUGGCGUACGUCUACGGAGUUGUCCCGAUCUCCCUGUGCCGGAGCGGUGGCUGUGGAGUGUCCGCUGGCAACGGCAAAGGGGUGCGAAUCGAGUUUGACGACGAAAAUGACAACAUCGGUAGCGGGGCAGCAGCCACAGACACAACCUCGGUGGCGGAGACUCGGCUCAACAAUCCCAGCCUCGGAGAUGGAGCGAGCGUCGGCGGCCUGACGGGCCUGAGCGUCAGCGGGAGCCACAUGGAGCGCUGCGGCGUGAGCUCCACUCAUCGGGACAACAUGAGCGACAACGCCAGCACCACGGCGCUCGCCGGGACCAGCAUCACAGGCAGCCUCUCCGGCAGCUGCUACAACAGGAUGGAAGUGCAGGCUGAUGUCCAGAAGGAGCGCUGUAGUCUGAGCGGGGAGUCGGCCACCGUCAGUCUCGGGACAAUCAGUGACAACGCGAGCACAAAAGCCAUGGCAGGAUCCAUCCUCAAUGCCUAUAUGCCUCUGGAAAGAGACAAUAGUCUGGACGCACAGGCAGACGUCGAGUCCAAACAGGAGAAGUUGAGGCACUGCAGCGCCAGCAGCAGCUUGGAUGAAGCCAGCUGUAGCAGCAGCACUGUCGGCCUUAAAGGUGCCAGCGGUGGUACGUGCUCAUGUCCCUCCACCUGCUGCUGCGUGCAGCAUGACAACCACGGCUGCCCGUCGUCCCCCUGGUCAAAGGAACCCUCCACCUCAUGGGGCAAGAAGAGCCGAGGAAAGCUUUGGAAACGAGCCAGCAGCAGCAGCAGCGGCAAAGGGGACACGAAAAUAAACGAGACGCGAGGAGACAUGGAUGCUCAGCUCCUGGAGCAGCGCAGCACCAACUCCUCCGAGUUCGAUUCACCGUCUCUGAGCGGCAGCCUGCCCUCGGUGGCCGACUCGCACUGUAGCCACUUCUCAUCGGAGCUCAGCUGCUCGGACCCUGAAACCUCAAGACCAGCUCAACCGCCCUGCUCCGCCCCAACGGACCCCCACCUUCAUCAUCCCGCCACCGCCACCUUCAACGACGUCACCAUCACACCCAUGCCCGAGGUGGAGAACGACCGCCUGGAGCAUCAUCCGCCUCAGAGUAGCCACGCAGCCUUCGCCCACCGCCUGCAAUCGUCAUCUCCACCUGCUUCACCCAAAGAGGGAAGUAGCGGGACGUUUCUGUACAUCAGUGAGGAGAGUGGAGGCGCCGACGCAGAGCCAGAGAAGAAAAGUCAAGAGACCACCAAAAACACUGCCGCACAGCCUGUAAGCCCGUCAAGGAACCGCUGUAUACAAACAGAAAUCUAAAAGGAACUCUCUCCUGUUCUUCUGGUGGUGUUAGCGCUGCUAGCUCAGUUAGCCUUAUCUUCACUAUUUAGUGAAAUCCCCCACAUGCAUUUUGGGAAGGUGGUGGUCAAGUUUAAGGCUAUAAUCUUAAGUAUAAUUGAAGUUUUACCUGCUGUGGAUGCAGGCAGGAAUAUUACGUGAAUGUCAGUCUAUACGGUUACAGAGAGGGUCGAGGUCUAAGUUGAUAGAGAGAUUUGUGAAUGAAGUAAACAGGAGCACAGUGAAGUCAAAGCAUAUCAGUGGGUUCUGCUCUUCAGUGACCGAACAAGCAAGACGUGUGUGAACCAGACGUUUCAGCCUGUUGUUGAAGCAGGAGCAGCAAGUAGAAGGUGGAGUUGAAUGUCUGUGGACAGGUUGUAAAGAGAGCAGAGUCUGACCCUUGAAUGAUGUUUUGGAUCUGAGCUCGAGGCAGGUCCUACCCUUUUCCUGAGCAGAAGUGAUAAAGCUGGAUAGGAGCAAGUAAAAUAUCUGGUAUUCUUUUCAAGUUGAGCUGCUAUUUUAAAGCCUGAACCUAUCCUCCCUCUGCAAAAAUCUGGUUUGCAUGAAUCAGGGAUGGAUGUGUCAUCACUGUGGUCCACCGCUGUGCCACCACCAGUUCAUUCUGUGAGAAACACCACAGCUAAAGGAUUGUUGAACCGGAGAGGGGACCAGUCCGUACAGUAGCACAUUUUUAUUUUUACCAUAAUCACCUAUAAGAAAAAUCAUUAUUGUUGCAUUUGUUUAAAAUGUGUUUCUUCGUGCUUUGUCUUUGCUUAUUUUUAUUUUCCAUUUUUGGGAAAGUUGGUUUUAAUGUUGAAACCCUGUGUUGGGUCCAAACUCUUUAUAGUAUGAUCGAGCGGGAAAACGUAGCCCUUUUUUUUUAAAUAUUGUGGAUUUAAGACAGCGGCCGUCUUCACAAGCCUGUCUGCACUGGUAAAAUAAUAGUGUUUUGUUUGUGGUUGCACCUGUUCAAAUGUAAACCAAGUCUUCACUGCAGUUUUUUUUUUAGUAUAUUAUGGAAUUAUGAGAGGUAUAUUAAAGAUUAAAAGGGAAUUUUAAGUUAUUCCUUGUAAACAGAACUGAGAAAAGCCCAGUUUUUAUAUUUGAAACUGUAGCAUUUCUUACAAUUUUAUAGGGGCUGGAAAGUCUACCAAACAAUGUAUUUGCAAUAAGAAAACAAAGCUUUUUAAUAACUACUUAGCCAGAGCAGAUGUGUCCAGUCACGGGAACACAUCGACUUUAUAGCGAAACCAGCUCUGAUCUAGUUAAAGGUGCAAUGGGAAACUCCUCUUGUGUAUUUGAGCACAUACUGUACAUCUGUCAGUGAUUUAGUAUUCAGUAGUGAAUGUAUGAUGAUGAUAAAUAGGGGUUACAUGUUUAAUUCUCCCUCUCAAUGAUAUCCAAAUCAAAAUAUAAUUUUUGAUUCAGAGCUUUGGGUGUAUUUUAACUACAAUGUGUUUUGUUGUUCUUAAAUCCUUGCAAAUGAUUAAUGCAAAUAAUUUUUAUAUUUUUUUGGACCCACAGUGCCUUUUUUGGGGGAAAAAUCCUUUGUAUUGUGUUUUUAUUUUAUUUUUAUUUCUUCAUUCUGUGUGUCUUCAAAUGAUAAACAUAAAAAUCAUGAGAGAAUGAAUUAUAUUUGCCUCAUAAAACGCAUGAAACGUCACACGAAACACUCACCCUCCCCUGAGACUAAUGCUAGCUGUCACUCUAGUUUGUUUAGCUUACCAAAGACUGCUCUCAGGCGACUCACAUUAAACCUGAUUUUGAGGCAGUACUUUAAGACCAAAAUAUUUGUUUUAGGAAUUAUGUUUUGAAAAUGUUUUCCUCAAGUAGCCAAAGUCAGCUCACCUGUGUUGUCAGUCGCCUCCUGUUGGCAAUAAAAACCCUGUCUAUCCAAAGCAAUCAGCAUUUUGAGGAUCAGAUGUUGCGUUCAGCAGCUGUUGUGAAUUUUCAGCGCUGACCACAGAUUACUUUGCUGUGAUGUCAACCAGCCGGAGUAAAGAGUCUGUGAUGUCGACUAGAAAGAGUUUCGGUGCACCUCAAAAAGCCUCCAGCUGCAGGAUGUUCCCGCCCUGAUAAUGUUUCUUCUGUUAAAUUCAUGUGAAUUUUAUAUUAUUAUUUGAAGACUAGUACCAGGUCUAUUUUCUAAACUUGGUCAAAAGAAGCUUAUGCUAUUUGAAAAAGUAUAUAUUCCCUAAUUAUUUGCUUUAUAAUGUGCAUGUAAAUGCAUAUCCUUAAACAUUAAAAUUCUCAAUCAA